AUGAUCAGCAGCAAUGCUGAGCUAAAAAAAGAAUUGUUCAGUAUUGAACAGAAAGCAAUUGAAAGAAAUUCUUCUUCGAAAGAAAUUGAGGGAAUCAGUCAAUAUCUGAGACAGGAUUGGUUUGAAAUUACAGGCAUCAAGGCAAGCGAUGAAGAAGCAUGUGUUGAUGUGGUUAAAGCUAUUGGUGAAUUGCUAGAAGUCCUACCAGUACCAUAUGAAGAUAUUUCGAUAGCUCACCCAUCACCUACUUAUAAUAAGCACUGGCCCACCAAAAAUUAUUGUCGAGUUUACGAGAAGUGAACACCAAUCAUCUUGCGAGCAUAAGCCAGCGAGUACCAGUAUUGGUUUGAAAUUACAGGCAUCAAGGCAAGCGAUGAAGAAGCAUGUGUUGAUGUGGUUAAAGCUAUUGGUGAAUUGCUAGAAGUCCUACCAGUACCAUAUGAAGAUAUUUUGAUAGCUCACCCAUCAUCUACUUAUAAUAAGCACUGGCCCACCAAAAAUUAUUGUCGAGUUUACGAGAAGUGA